AUGCAGGAGCUUGAUGGGAUCCGGUAUUCCAAAGAGGUGCCAUGUAUCGAGCCUGAUCUGGGAGAUCUGCGAAAGUCGACUGACAAAGCCCUGCCGGGACUACCGAAAACACCAAAGAGGGUCUUGAAGAAGUACCGGUUUUCUGCAGUGUUUCCCAUGGUGCUUGCGAUUGCGAGUUUCGUUCUGACCCUGACAUUGGUUCUGGCGGGGCAGGACGCACAUACCUUUGGCGGGCAAUAUUUGGCAGCAGUAAGUUAUGACCGGCAAUAUCACGCGAGCCAGGUCCCAGUAUACCAAGAUGUGGAAGCUUUCGAGUCGUCUUCAGCCACGGACACGACGGAAACGGGAAACGUUUACUACCUCUACUUGCAUAAAGUCUGCUAUUAUUCUCUCGCCCACGGUAGCGAAGCCACUUCUGAUAUCUUUGAGAGGACAUGUACGAGCUAUGCCACAGUAGCUGCAGCAAUGUCGGCCUCUUCAAGCGAUGCAUCAACCGCAAACUCCGAAUCCAUGAGUUUAGGGAGUAGAUCACUUACGAUGGUCUCGACCACUUUGGUUAGCGUGCGAAUAGCUGUUUUUGCAUCACUCGUUAUCUCGCUUGUUGGGUCCCUUUUGUCUACGAUAUUGGCCAUUCCAGGGAUCAUCUAUCCACACUCUCGGAUCCUGGCAUAUAUGAAUAUCAUGUGGCCACUUCUUGCAAGCACAUUUGGUUUCCUCGCGGCCGCCCUGCUUACCAUUGUGAGGAGAUGGGGUUUUGCAAGGAGAAAAAGGAGUGAGGAAGAAGUGGGGAAUUGGAAAGGGAUAGGGCGAGAGGUCUGGUCCGAUCUCAAGACAGAAGAGCCAUAUCAUUGA